UAAAAAGGGUCGUGGUCCCCAAAGAAACGCAACCAUUCCAUCUCUUCUAAAAUCCAUCGUUAGAGAGAAAAAUUAAGGAACUGCGGAUUCUUUGGAAGACCUGUCCCAAAUCCAGUGGAGAUUCGAAGAUUCGAUUCCGUUAUGUAAGUUCACAAGUAAACUAAAAGUUGUCUUCCACAUAAAUGGACAACCCGAAAUCAUCAAAUUCACCGCCACCACCUGCCACCACCACCACCACCAUCUCCGGCGGCGGCAACAAAAAAGCAGUGGAAAACUUGAAAUCACUGGUAAUGAAAUGCGCAACAAAGCAACUCACUCCUCCGCAGAAAACAUUCAUCGAGAAUCGUAUUCAAGAACUCGUCCCCACCAUUAACACCACCACACCAGAUCACCCCUCUUACGCUUUGAUGAUCGAGAAUGCAAUAAAACAGUUGAACGAAGAAGGCCGGGGUUCAAGCGAGGAUGCCAUUUCCAACUUUAUUUUAAAUCAAUUUAAUAAUAAUAAAAAUAAUAAGUUGGGUUGGGCUCACUCUGCACUGCUCAAACACCAUCUGGUAAAUCUGUGUGAGAGUGGCAAUCUUGUAAUUACGAGUCCUCAAGGGUUCUAUGCAUUGACCACCGGUGGCGGUAGCCGCCAUAACCGCCGUAGCUCGAGCCCAUUAUCUAGUUCAACAACCUCCUCUACCAGCUGCUCUGAAUCUGAUGAUCCUAGCUUUACACCGAUUGCUGUUAAGGGAAGAAGGAGGAACAAUAUCAAGUCAAACAAAAAGUCAACGCCGCAAUCCAGACGCAAGAGUACUAAUAAGUUCAAAGGGAGUCGAAGAAUAAAAUAA